AAACAGAUAAAUAUUUUUGUUUCAAAACUAAAAUUUACUAAAAUGUUGCUAAAUAAAUUGAGCUGUGUUCAAACGAACAUAAUGUUGAACCUAUAUCAGAAGAAAAUAUAUUCGUCGUUUGUACGGAUGCAAUCAGUGAAGGCUCAAGAAAUGCCGAAUAAAUUAGACAGUCGUGAAAUCCAGAUAGAUUCAGCUAAUGAGACGGUUACGGAUAUAUAUCCAGCUCCACGGGUUGUUCCUAUGGUCGUAUCAAGGAAUACUGAAAGGAAUACUGAAGUUUUGUCCUUCGAUCAAGUACCGGGGCCUAAGGCUUUGAAAUAUUUUUCCACCAUGCGACAAUAUACUUUCCAGAUUGGAACACAGUUGACUGCGGGGCUUGUGAACUUAGCAUUUAACAUAAGUAACUAUAUAAACUUGAGAACCCCUUUCACAAACAUGUCCGCACUUUUCGACGAGUACGGUCCGGUGGUUCGUUUCGUUAGCCCCGUGGGUUCCGACAUCGUGUUCUUGAACCACCCUGAUCACAUUCAGAAGGUCUUCUCUAUGGAGGGCGAAUACCCAGUGAGGUCGGCGCUUGACUCGCUUGAUAAGUACCGCAUCGAGAAGAACACUAUUUUAGGACUGUAUUCUACGAAAGGUGAAGACUGGGCCCACAGAAGGUCCCUGGUAUGCACGUCUCUGCAUACAACAGUGUCUCAAAACAUUCAGAGCCUAAAGGAAGUGUGUGAUGUUCUGACGAGAAAGAUUUACACGCAGAGGAACCAUCAAGACGAAUUGAAGGCGGAUCUGUACAAGGAACUGCAUAAAUGGUCGUAUGAUUGUAUGGGCUUGAUAUUAUUUGCGCAAAAGUUCAACAUGCUGGAGACGAAAAUAAUACACAGCCAGAACGACGGAUCGUGGCUCUACAACAGUUUGGAAAAGGCCACCGACGCCAUAAUUAAGUGCGAGUCGGGGUUCCACAUGUGGAAACUGUUUUCUACCCCUACCUGGUAUUCGCUAAGGAAGCAUUGUGAUGUUAUAGAUAAUUUGAUUGGUAAGCACGUAUUACAAGCGAGAGAAGCGAACGGCGACGACAUCUUCAAGACGGUACGCCAUAUUUUAGGUAUGGAGUCGGUGGCGACCGCGAUGGUUGUGAAUCAGCCUAUGAGCGUGGAGGAUGCGGCCACUAUGUUGAUGGAUAUGUUGCUGCUUGGAGUUAAUACGAUUUCAUCCUCAACUUCCUUCUUACUAUACUACUUGGCGAAACACCAACGGGCGCAAAACGUCCUGGUCCAAGAAGUCGAUGCCCUAGAGACCAGCUCCAUGACCAGUGUGCAGACGCUUAAAGAUAACACGCCAUACCUCCAAGCCUGCAUUAGAGAGACGUUGAGAUUGGUACCUCCCAUGCCAAUAGUUACCAGGAUACUGCCAAAGAACAUUAUAUUGGACAAAUACAAUAUCCCGAAAGGUACUCUAAUAAUUAUGGCGAACCAAGACACCUGCCGAAAAGAGAGUAACUUUGAUGACGCUGAUAGAUUUUACCCAGAGAGGUGGCUCAAGGACGAAUCCCGCGAUUACCAUGCUUUUGCAUCCAUACCUUUUGGAUAUGGAGCCCGAAAGUGCCUGGGACAGAGUAUGGCUGAAGCCAUGAUGUCUUUGCUUACGAUCCAGAUAUUGAAAAAGUUCACACUCGAAUAUCACUAUGGAGAUAUCAGGCCGACAAAACAAUUAAUUUCCAAACCUAACAAACCACUGAAGAUGAGGUUUGUGGACAGAAAUAAUUAGUAACAUGCUGUUUGUGAGUUUAAUGUUUAGGUUUCUAAUUUUAUUGUUUUAUGAAACUACU